UGUCUUUUUUCAUUGUUGUUGUUGACUACAGACAUUGGGUUUUUUUUGGUUCGAUUCUUUGUUUGGAAAUAAACUUUGGUGAUAGUUUUUUUUUCGAAUUGAAAUUUAAAAUUUGAAAAUUCUUUUUGCAAAAUUUGACUAAAAAACCAAAACAGAAAAUGGAAACAACCGCUGGCAAUAAUAAUAAUAAUAAUCAACGUUUAUCAUCGGCAAAAUGGUCAAGAAAUUUAAAUCAAGAUUGUCAAAGUGAAUCAAAUCGUUUACGUUUACUUGAACGACAACGACAAUUAAUUGAAUCAAAAUUACAACGACGACAAUUAAAUCAACAGAAUGAAAAUAUUAUUAUACCAUCAUUAUCAUCACCAAAUUCAUCACAAUCAUCAACAUCAUCAUCAGCAUCAACAAUACGACCGGCAACAAGUAUUGGUAAUUUAAGAUCCGGUAUCAAUAGUAAUAGUUCGAUUGGUGGUAGUCCAUCAUCUAAUCCACGUUCAUCAACAACCGAUUCAUCUGAUUCAAUAUUUCAACGUAAUCAUUUUAAUUAUGAUUUAGAUGAUAAUAAUGAUGGUGGUGAUAAUAAUAAUCAAGAUUAUAAUCAAAAUGAUAAUAAUAAAAUAAUGAAAAAUCGUAUGAUGAUAAAAAAUCGUGCACGAACAUCGGUUCCAGGAUCAAGACAACAAAUAGAUAAUCAUAAUCAACUACAACAACAACAACAACAAACAAAAUUAUCAACAAAUAAAUUUUUACAAGAACAAAAAAAUGAUAAAUUUUUAGCAAAUAAUAAUUCCAGAUCAUCAUCAGCAUUACAUCGAUCUACAAUGAGUAAAUCGGAAAUUAAUCUACAACAAUUAUCAAACACUAAUGAACAAAAUACAACAACAACAACAACAGCAAUUGAACAAAAAUUAUCAAUGCCAAAUCCAUUGAUAAAUGUAUUGACUGAUGAAGAAUUAUUAAAAUUUGUUACACAACCAAUAUCACCGGAUGUUACAUUACAAUGUACAAUUAUAAGAGAUAAAAAAGGACUUGAUCGUUCAUUAUAUCCAACAUAUUAUAUGCAUUUACAAGAUAUUGUAUUAAACAAUAAUCUUUUGACUACAAUGAAUAAAUCAUUAUCAUCAAUGCAAUUGGAUAAUAAACGUAAUCAACAACAACAACAACAACAGAUCGAAGGAACAGCAACGGUUUGGAUGUCGGAUAGUUUGGAAAGUAUUAAUUCAACAAAUGAUGAUUCAUUGACAACUGAUGAUGAACAACAACAACAACAACAGAAUACAAAUAAUUCAUCAUCAACAACAACAACACCAUCAUCGAAAAAAGUAUUUGUUCUUUCCGGUAGACGACGAAAAAAAAGUAAAACAUAUCUUAUUGGUAAUAAUGCAUUCGAUAUAUCACGUGAUCGUUGUAUUGCAAAACUUAAAUCCAAUGUAUUGGGUACACAAUUUACGUCCAUACGUUUACAUUCGAAUGGUGUACGUCAUGAAAUUUCAUCUAUUACAUAUGAAACAAAUGUAUUGGGAUUUAAAGGACCAAGAAAAAUGACAAUCAUUAUACCGAAACCGGAUGAGAAAACCAAUGCUCUUUGUAAUCUAUCAUUACAAGAAGAAUUGAAACGAAAUUCACGAGCAAUAAUGUUGCUCAAAAAUAAAACACCAAUCUGGAAUGAAGAAACACAAUCAUAUGUAUUGAAUUUUCAUGGCCGUGUAACACAGGCAAGUGUUAAAAAUUUUCAAUUAGUCGUACAGAAUGCCAAUAACAAUGAUGGAAAUAAUCGUAAAUCAAACAACAACAACAAUUCAGCUGAUGAUCAAGCAAUUUUAAGACGAUCGGCUAGUUCACAUCAAUUACGUCAUAAUUCUAAACUUUAUAAUAAUCCGGAUGAUAAUGAUGAUGACGAUGAUGAUGAUGAUGAUGGAGGCAAUUCUAAUGAAGAUUCUGAUUCUGAUUCUGUUUCUAAUAAUGAUGGUAAUAAUAAUGAUGAUAGUGAUAAUGAUAAUGAUAAAAAUACAAAGAAAAAAAGUAAAAAAUCAUCAUUAGGAUUAAGAAAAAAUCAUCCAAUAAGUAAAUCAGGUUAUUUAAUGGCAACAUCAUCUGAAGAUGCAAAACAGAUUGCCGAUUAUUCAAAUGAUCUUGUUUCAUUACAAUUUGGUCGUGUUAGUAAUACACAUUUUUCAUGCGAUGUUUCAUGGCCAUUAUCAUUAUUACAAGCAUUUGCUAUUGCAUUAAGUAGUUUUGAUUCAAAAUUGGCUUGUGAAUGAAAUGAAAAAACAAAAUGAA